AUGGGCGAAUGCCAGGAAACAAAUCAGAUCACUGUCAACAAUUCCUGUGACAAAAACACAGAGCCACUUCUAGUUUGUAUUUCACCUGAGCAACCAGAACAGAGCAGUUGGCGGGAAAACGGUUAUCUCGCAGAUACGGAAAAUAUAUUUUCCUGCUCCACAUUUUCCAGACUUAGCAGUCCCUUCCACCGGAAGCGGAAGUCACAUGAUCAGUUUGACCCAGUAGCGUGUGAUGUUUCGCAUAAAAGAUCUUCCUCAUCUCUCUCAGAUGACUGCUCCAAGGCCAGCCCAGUUUUUCAGGAAAGAAUCAAACCGGCGACUUCGGCGUCUCUAGGGUUAUUUCGCAUACGUCAAAGUAGAGUGGUUCAGCGGGCAGUGCAUCUGACAUAUUUGUUGACGUUUCUAUUCAUGUUCGCAUCCUUGCUGCAGCUGUACACAGUGUUUGGUGUGUAUGGUGUUCUUGGGACAAACCCUCGACCGGACCCUUGGCCCUGGCUGCUCCUGCACACAAUAUUUCGGGCAACUGAAGUCUCCAUUGGGUUCUCCAUUGCGGCCAUCGCUUUCAUCACCCUCAACUACCGCCACCAGAGAGCCAAGCGACGGCAACAGCAGCAGCAACAUCUGGUAGCUACAAGAGACUGCAUUGUCUAA